CUUAAGGGGAGUAGAAAUGAUUCCACAAGUUUUCAAGGAAGAUGAAACUUAUUCUGGAAUCAUGUCUGUGGCGAGAGAUAUUAAGUACACGUAUGAAGAUAAUGAAAUUAUCACUGAAGAGGAAAUGAUGACACAAGUUGAUAAAGACAUCAAAGAAUUGGAAUUUGUGUAUGAAAAAUGCAAAAACAACUUGAAGCUGGCAAAUGACCUCUUCCCAAACAACCAUAACCUGAAGCUGUAUGAAGACAAAUUUGCGAAAAUGUAUCAACCACAAAGUCAGGAAGAAGAAGAACAACAAAGAUUUGAAAGAGAAGGUGACACUGAAUAUAAUCCAGGAAGACUGAGGAGAGAGGUAAAGGUCGGAGACUCCAAAAAAUCACCAUUUCUUGAUCGCACAAUUGACUUCAACAAGCAAAAGAUUACAAAGGCAGAGGAGGAGGUGUGGAAUUGGAUCACAGCAGAUACAUCAGAUGCAACCCAAAUUAUUUUCUUCUGGGAGGAUGUAAUUUGCAUGAGCUACCAGAUUAAAACUUUUCAAUUCAAUGAAAAAAUAUCAACUGCUGUCAUUGAUGUAUAUGCGACCAUCCUGAAUGAAGAUGAAAAAUACAGAUCCCCAGACUCCCCACACCGGUUCUUUUGCAACACUAGUAUCACGGGGAUGUCAUUGACAAAAAGGAACCAUGUUGAAACUCCUGAAGAGGCUAAAGCAAAGUAUAGAAGGUUUUGUUCAAGAUUAAAUAUAUGGCUUCUAAAACAUGAUACAAAAAUUGAUGAUAUCGAUCUGAUAUUUUUCCCAAUCCAUGAUGUAGACCACUAUUAUGUUGUCUGUUUCAACAUUAAAAAUCCAUCAAUAGAGAUCAUUGACAACAAUAGAAUUGCAGAUGGCAGCAAUGCAGUCUAUGAUGGAUUACCGGAAUGCUUGCAACAACAUUUUGUGAGCUACUUGGAAACAAGCAGUCCGGCCAAGAGUAAACAGUUGGGCAGCGUUUCAAUUGUUCGACUAGAUAUGAAAUGGCGAACAAUGUAUAACAAGGUGGAUUCUGGAGUGUUUGCCAUUAACCAUAUGGAAACCUACAAAGGCAAUGGAUUGAGGAACUGGGAAUGCAAAUUUGCAUAUGAAAAGGGAGUUCAACAGAAAAAACAGCUGGAGAAGGCACGCCAGAUUUAUGCCUCAAAGAUUAUAUAUUCACCAAUAAAUCUGUACAAAAACAAAAUGGUGAAUGAGAUCAAGUCGUUGUGUCAACCAAGAUGAAUAGUAGUUGUCUUUGAAAGUACUUGUCUUAGAAAAUACUUGUCUUCGAAAAUGAUGUGAAUAGUGAGGUGAAGCAAGUACUUAUUUUUGAAAGUGAUGUGAAUACUCAUUGUUUGCUGUUAUAAUGGUAUGGAACAGUGUUUAGAGGCACAUAUUUAGAGUACAGCUUUAAAACUAUUUGCUGUUUGAAAGUGAUUGUGAAUAGUGAUCAACUGCUAGUAAAAAUGAUGCAG